AUGAAGAGCCUGAAGAAGAUAUUCAGCUCGAAAAACAGCAAGGCAGGGGAUACGACUUCAUCCUCGAAACCAGCUGCAGAUCACCCCCUAUCGACACCGCGCCUCACUCCAGGAGUCUACGGUAGCUUCCCCAGCCAGUUUAGCAUCUACUUCGCUGGACCCGGCCAGGCCAAGAAGACAGACCACUUCUACCUAGCAACGGACGAAGAUGGGAGAGUUAACCCGCUUAACCUUUUCACCGCUCAUACGGCCAUGGUCAAGCUGCAGGUUAUACUCUACGCUGGUACGGACCUUAACUCUGCACCGCUUGGUCUAGCGGGUACGGAGAAGUUUUUCUCUUCCACGUCGGUGAUUGGGCUGCCUGUGCCCGCUGGUGGUGAGGGAGGUAACCAGAUCGAGCGAAUGACGGACCAGAAGAAGCUUAAGUUUGCGAUUCUCAAUUUCAGCGUUGGUGUUGGUGUUGGCGCGGGGCAGGAGAAGGGGGAUUUCGAAUGGCGGAGUGAUCACUUAUUUUCGACCAAGCCGAGGGAGAUGGUUGAGUAUAGGUUGUCGAGGCUGGGUGCUGACGGGACGGAAGGGGAGGUCGUUGGUAUAUGGAGUAAGAAGCUGGAGAUAGGGGAGGAUUGCAAGAUGGGUACGUUUCGGUUCCAGGGCAGUGGAGCGACGGGGGAGCUGGGAGAGUAUUGGACUCUGAUGGCAGUUAUGUCGGUGAUACGGCUGUGUCAGGUGGAUUGGGUGGCUAAGGGUGCGGCAGAGGGGUUUUUCAAGGCUGGAGGGAAGCUGGCCGGUGCAGGGCUCGGGUUUGCGGUCUGA